AUGGAAGAGGUGGAGGGCACGCCGGACCCAGCCUUUGUAGACGUGGACCAGGGCUUGACUCUGGCCUGCGUGGCCUUCCUCUGCAUCCUGCUGGUGGCCAUGAUCAUCCGCUGUGCCAAGGUGAUCGUGGACCCCUACAGCGCCAUCCCCACCUCCACCUGGGAGGAGCAGCUCUUGGAGGACUGA